GACAUUUGAAAUGGAAAGUAAACAAGCCAUAAAUAUAAUUUUCAUCCGAAAAUGUCUUCUAGUUUACAUGUAAUUUCAAAACCUGAACUCAUAUAAUUACAGUUGAAAUCUCUUUGCUCGUGAGGCGAAUACAUGUGUGACGGAAACAACACAAGCUGCAAGGUCGUCACCGCUGCCGCUCGUCACUUUCACUUUGCCGAACGAUUUAUUUCUUCAAAGCCACGUCGUACAGCGACAAUCCUGUAAUUAAAUAGAAUCGGUAUCGGCAAGUAUAAAAUAGAAAUGUCUGUUUGAAUACUCAAAUAAAUUAAAAAAAAACCACAAAAUGGGCAUGGAAAAGAACGGAAAUGCGGAAGGGAAACUCUCCGAAUACCUUUACCCUCCGGAGAUAUUAAAAAGACUGGAUUUCAGUAAGAGUCCAGCAAAGUUUCAUCCUAAAAUCAGUGCUGUUGACCCCGGCGAGGAUUGGAUGGUUGUGAGGCCUUUACAACGCUCUGAUUACGAUAAGGGUUUCCUGCAGCUCCUCAGUCAACUGACAAGCGUGGGAAAUAUUACGAGAAAACAGUAUGAUGACCGUUUCACUAAGAUGAAACACUCGGGCGGUUACUAUGUGACCGUAAUAGAGGACACGCGCAUUAAUAAACUCAUAGGUGCAGCAACGCUGACCAUCGAACAGAAAUUCAUCCACAACUGCUCUUUGCGCGGCCGUUUAGAAGACGUCGUAGUUAAUGACACUUACAGAGGAAAACAACUUGGUAAAUUAAUUGUGGUAACCGUAUCGCUUCUCGCUCAAGAGCUGGGAUGCUAUAAAAUGUCUCUCGACUGUAAGGAUAAACUAAUUAAAUUUUACGAGACGCUAGGAUAUAAGAUGGAGCCUGGGAAUUCUAACGCUAUGAACAUGAGGUUCGAUGAACCCUCUUGACAAUUAGCCGCUGGGACAUCCGACAUGCGCUCCAAACUGUAAGUAAACAUUAGUGGCCGGGCAGUCUUCACAACUCGUACAUCAUCAUUCCAGCUCGAGAAAUAAUCAAAUUGUAUUUUCGGUUAUGUAAUAAUUUUCAAAUAUAGAAACAGUUAAAUAAUGUUUUCUAUUUUGAGUGUUCCUAGAAAUCAAGUCUGGUUUUGAAUUUAGAAAAUUGGUUUUGAUGUUUGUUGGUAGAUUAGAAAAAAAAAAACGCUUUUUAUGUUGAUUGUGUUGCCUGCUUGGUUGUUUGUGUUAUUACGGUUGCAGGGUCGAUCUUUCUAUCCAUCAAAUCAUUGAUUCGUAUUUUGUCGCAAUAUAAUGUUCAAAGAAUUUUUGGUAUUUUUUUGUAUUUAAUUUAUUGAUUUAAUGCAAUUCUGUAAUUUUUUUAGGAAUUCAAUUAUUAUCGCAGACAAUAAUUGUUUUGAAGACUAAAAGCGAUGAUUUGUGAAUUAUUUUUUGAUGGGGUGUCCGAUCGGCCAUGGAUGUCCUAGCACGUAAUAAAUAUUGUAUCUAAGCUUUGCUAUUUCUUUCAACUAAUAAACGAUAUGGAAAUCACAAAUCUUUCAUGUGUUCAAGUUGUAAAAAUAUAUGAAGACUAGUGAGGUACAUAAUAAUAGAUACGUACCUGUUAAUAAUAUUACGUAUUCUCUUAAGGAUUUGUGUUCAGUUUAUAUGUAAACAAUAAUUGUACCCGUACUUUUUCUUUUCGAAGCAUAAAAUGCUUUGUUUGUACUUAAAUCGUAACUAACAUAAAAUACAUUGCGUAAUGAAUUAUGUACUAAUCCUUUUUUAUUAAGUAAAAUUUAAUGCUUAUUAAAACAAUAAAAUAUGC